ACAUUCUAAGCUCAAUACUAUUCUGUGGUCGUCAAUUGUCAAACUGUCAUAUUUUGGUCAUACAUCUGUAAUUUAGCCUUAUUUUGUACUUUAUUAUAAAUUAUACAAUAUAUGUUCAGUUAUAAAGAAGCCGAGAUAAAAUCAUUUGAAGCGGCACGCUAAUUCUAAGUUAUUUGUAUUGUAUAAGUUAAUAACAAAUUGUACAUAAGCAGCAAGAAAUGUUUGCAAGAAAGCUGAAACUCAAUGUAGUAAACCACUGCAUUAAAACGUUGCAGGCGGGAUAUGUAACCAAAGCUCCAAAACCAGAAAUUCCGACGAAUCCCUUAAAACAAAUUUACUCAGCUAAUGACCAGCAAACUAAUGGUAUAGUGUACGAUAGAAAACCCUUCAAGCUAACAUUGGAAGAGGGUAAAACAUACCAUUGGUGCCUGUGCGGACGCUCCAAGUCACAGCCUCUCUGUGAUGGCACACAUAAAGAUGUUUAUCUUAAAAUAACACAAAGACCUAUCAAAUUUCAAGUAACAAAAACUAAGGAUUAUUGGCUAUGCAAUUGUAAGCAGACUAAAAACAGACCAUUCUGCGACGGAACGCACAAACAGAAGGAAAUACAAGAAGCCACUACUAUCAGACUGUAGAUAUUUACUAACAUUAAAUGCGCAAUAGAAUAUAGUUAUGAAAUUUAGAUAUUAAAUAAAUUGUUAUAUUAAA